AUGAAGAAUCGCCUGAAAGAUGCUUCUCUGCAAAAAAAGCUAAAUGGAGCAUUUCUUCACAUUGAAAAGGCUUUGGAAAUCUUUAAGCAGCAAGAUGCUGAUUUUGAAAGAUGCUCAACUGUUGCUGCAAAUUUAAUGAGAGGUCAUAGAUGUUAUAGUGAAAUCUACCGUGAAAUUAAGAAGGAAUGUUUUCAACAAACAAAUUUAGACAAUAUUUUAACAGAGAAAACUAAUGCGGACCAAACAUCAAAACAAGAAGAAAGUCAACAAAUAGAAUUGACAUGUCACUUAUAUCGCAUAGACACAAAUGUUGAAACAGACAACCCAGAAGAUCAAGAAUUCUUGAGAGAGUGUGAAAAGGAGAAAGCGGAUGCUGUCACUGAUUAUGAUGAGGAUGAUGUUGAUAAGGACGGUGGUGAGGAUGAGGAGGGUGGUAGUGGUGAAGAUGAUGAUGAUGGUGGGGGAAAUAAUGGUGAUCGUGUUGAUCGUGAUCAUGAUGAUUAA